CGCUUCCCAACAGAGGACCAUCUGAUGAUUCAUAGGCACAAGCAUGAAAUGACUUUGAAGUUUCCCUCAAUAAAAACAGACAAUAUGUUAUCAGAUCAGACUCCAACCCCAACGAGAUUCCUGAAGAACUGCGAGGAGGUGGGGCUCUUCAAUGAGCUGGACUGCUCCCUCGAGCAUGAGUUCAGGAAGGCUCAGGAGGAGGAGAGCAGCAAGCGGAAUAUCUCGAUGCAUAACACCGUUGGUGGGGCCAUGGUGGGGCCUGGAGCUCACCAGCUUGGCAGCACCCGGAUGCCCAACCAUGACACCAGCGUUGUGAUUCAGCAAGCCAUGCCGUCACCCCAGUCCAGCUCUGUCAUCACACAGGCACCUUCCACCAACCGCCAGAUCGGGCCUGUCCCAGGCUCUCUAUCUUCUCUGCUCCAUCUUCACAACAGACAGAGACAGCCCAUGCCAGCCUCCAUGCCAGGGACCCUGCCCAACCCUACAAUGCCGGGCUCUUCCGCCGUCUUGAUGCCAAUGGAGCGACAAAUGUCAGUGAACUCCAACCUCCUGGGAAUGCAAGGUCCAAAUCUCAGCAACCCCUGUGCUUCUCCCCAAGUCCAGCCAAUGCAUUCAGAAGCCAAAAUGAGGUUGAAGGCUGCGUUGACUCACCACCCUGCUGCCAUGUCAAAUGGGAAUAUGAACACCAUGGGACACAUGAUGGAAAUGAUGGGGUCCCGUCAGGACCAGACGCCACACCAUCACAUGCACUCACACCCACAUCAGCACCAGACACUGCCAGCCCAUCACCCCUACCCGCACCAGCACCAGCACCCAGCACACCAUCCUCAUCCUCAGCCCCAUCACCAGCAGAACCACCCACAUCAUCACUCCCACUCCCACCUUCAUGCACACCCGGCACAUCACCAGACCUCGCCACACCCACCCCUGCACUCCGGCAACCAAGCACAGGUUUCACCAGCGACACAACAGAUGCAGCCCACCCAGACAAUACAGCCGCCUCAGCCCACAGGGGGGCGCCGGCGAAGGGUGGUGGAUGAGGAUCCGGACGAGAGGCGGCGGAAAUUUCUGGAACGGAACCGGGCAGCCGCCACCCGCUGCAGACAGAAGAGGAAGGUCUGGGUGAUGUCACUGGAAAAGAAAGCAGAAGAACUCACCCAGACAAACAUGCAACUUCAGAAUGAAGUGUCCAUGUUGAAAAACGAGGUGGCACAGCUGAAACAGCUGUUGUUAACGCAUAAAGACUGCCCCAUAACAGCCAUGCAGAAAGAAUCACAAGGAUAUCUAAGUCCAGAGAGUAGCCCUCCUGCAAGCCCCGUCCCCACGUGCUCUCAGCAGCAGGUCAUCCAGCAUAACACCAUCACCACUUCCUCGGCGGUCAGCGAGGUGGUAGGAAGCUCCACCCUCAGUCAGCUCACCACUCACAGAACAGACCUGAAUCCGAUUCUCUAA